AUGUCUCCAAAGAAACGAAGUGCUGACCAGGAGGAUCUCAAUGUGAUUGCUCCUAGUCCGAGGAAACUCCGACGAAGCGUCAACGAAGACCACAUUGAGACUCCCAGGCAAGUGGCAGCUGUCUCGCAAGCGGCAGUGAUCACUGAUUCCAGUAGCCGGAGAAGUAACAACGGCAAUGGCAGCAACGAUUCUUUAUUGACCCCGUAUGAAGGACGCAAGCCGCGAGUUCUCCAAAACGCCAGUGCUCGUCGAGCCAUUCGAUUAGCAUCUCCCGCGGCAUCGGUAGCACCUCCCGUCACUCCCUCUCAUUUAUCCAAAGAUGACAACAACAACAAAGACAAGACCAAGAAUGUCACUCCAUCGCCAGAAGACUACAAAUCUCCUGCCAAACGCCGUUUGAUUUUCGGCAAACUCGUGGAAGAAAUUGUCAUUCAACCCAACACCAAACGAGUGUACAAUUUGGUAAAAAAAUUGACGGGAUCGCUAGGAGGCAAUGGCUCGUGUGGGCCCAUUUACGGAGAACUCACUCAGGGAUCCAUGCAAAAGAUGGUUAACCUGAUGAAACAACACACUCAACUCGACAAGACCAGUCGCUUUAUCGAUGUCGGAUCCGGAAUUGGAAAGCCCAAUUUACAUGUUACGCAGGAUCCCGGCGUGGCGUUUAGCUGUGGCAUUGAAAUGGAGUUGGAUCGAUAUCGAUUGGGAUUGAAAUGCCUCCAACGGGUCUUGCAAGAAGCCGUCAACGAUGCGCACGAUGACGCCAUCAAGGACAAGGUUCGACACAACUGCAUGUUUUUGCAUGGCAAUAUCAUGUCGGCGAGAACCUUUGAUCCGUUCACGCAUGUGUACAUGUUUAGUAUUGGAUUCCCACCCAAACUCUGGGUAUAUCUGUCGGAAGCAUGGAACCGCAGUCAGUCGCCGUAUAUGAUUUGCUUUCAUGGCCCUCGCACACUUAUCAACGAUUACGAAUUCGAGGUGGAACUUCUUGCGCAGACGCCCACAUCCAUGCAUGCAUCGGGGGAAGGUCAUCAGGGAUACAUUUACCAACGCAAGGGACUCACUGACAAGACUGUCCAGGCUUUUAUUGAAAAUGCACCUUGUGAUAAGGUAUUUGAACGCGCCAAGACGCUGGUACAGUCCGGGUUGGAGCCAUUGCGAGAGGUUGUCGACCAAACAGUGGCGGAGAACUGGACGUCGAGGAGGUCCAUGACGAGAUCGGAGGCCAAGCGACAUGGGAUUGUCCUCUCCAAGUAG